AUGAAGUGGAGGAGUGGUGGAGGAGGAGUAGGUGGAGGCGGCGGCGGCGUCGUAUUUCUGUGCCCGGCCGUUUCCGCGCAUCCGAAGAAAUACACGUUCGUUGCGACGGUACAUCACGGUAACAAUUAUAAAAACGGCGUACGGGAAACGAGAACCGGCUGUGCCGUCGUCGUCGUCGCGGUCGCGGUAAUAAACGCGCGUUCCGCGGAAUCUCACGCGGGAGCAACACGUGUGCGCGUCCGGCGCGACGUCGAAAGACAUGUGCGCGCCGCAGCGACGAACCCUACGGGCGGACGGCGAAAAAAAACCGUUCUGGCCGCUGUCGGGAGGUUUACGGCCGUUAACGCCGCCGCCCGUGUAACGAACGAGAACGUCACUCGGGACGCACGUUUUUCAAACGCGUUUCGUGCGGCAUUUUCACGUCCGCGAUACGACACGGCGGGCCGCGGGGCGUACGGCGACCCGCGAACCGCCCCGUCGGCGUCCGCACACGUGUGCGAGUCAUCGCCGCCGCCUCGCGUACGGUUUUCGCGGGCCGCCGCCACACGUGUCGCGUUCGAAAAACGUCUCGCCCCAAGGGCGCCCGCAAGAGUUGGGCGGAACGCGGGACAGCCAUGCGCCUCUUGCUUUUCGACAUGUUGA